UGUCAAUAGAGGCAAAGAAGAAGAAAGUGUGGCGUUUGCAAUGGCGGUGAUGUGGCAGCGAAAAUAAACAACCCCGGCUGCUAUUUGAUGCUGUCGUGAUUAUCGUUGUUCCUCUAAUCUCGUAGCUAGUCGUUUAUCUGUCUAUAUCUUCCUCUGUGUUUGUGUCACCUGCGGGAGCCACAGCGGUGUGUUACUGCUGGAUAUUACACAGUUAGUAGGAGCUGAACGAGCAGCCGCCGUCUCAUUGUUGAGUAUUGACGGUCAUUUCCCUCGUACCCUGGCGUCGUUUUCCGACCACUAACGAUGCCACUGGGUUUGAAACCAUGCUGUGCUGUCUGCAAGACGAACUCUUCGUCGAUGUGGAAGAAGGGAAACCAGGGAGAGAUCCUCUGCAACAACUGCACAGGGAAGAGCAGCAGCGGCGGAGCAUCGGGACCCACCAUGUCCUCCAUCAUUCAGCCCAGCAAUGGCGGAGGAAAGCAGUCCAAGCAGGAGAUCCACAGGAGGUCCGCACGGCUGAGAAGCACCAAGUACAAAGCACCUGCUUCUGAGAAGAAGGUGUCAACAAAAGGAAAGGGGAGAAGACACAUAUUCAAACUCAAAAAUCCAAUCAAAGCACCAGAAUCCGUUGCAACAAUCAUCACGUCAGAAUCCGUAUUUUAUAAGGGUGUAUACUACCAGACAGGAGAUGUGAUCAAGGUAACAGAUGAGGAAGACGGGAAGCCGUACUAUGCUCAGAUUCGAGGCUUCGUGCAGGACCAGUACUGUGAAAAGAGUGCUGCCUUGACCUGGUUGAUCCCCACAAAGGCCAGCCCAAAGGACCAGUUUGAUCCUGGCACAUACAUCGUUGGUCCAGAGGAGGAUCUGCCCAGAAAGAUGGAGUACCUGGAGUUUGUGUGCCACGCCCCCUCUGAAUAUUUCAAGUCACGGAGCUCUCCGUUUCCCACCAUCCCCAUUCGACCAGAGAAAGGCUACAUCUGGACCCACAUAGGACCCACACCAGCGCUCACUGUCAAAGAGUCUGUCAGUGGCAGCAGUUAACAGAACUGUGACAUGGACUUAGUCUGUUGCUUUUAAACAGACAUAUGUACAUUUAUGUAAUAUAAAGAAAACAAAAAUGGUUGUUAACCACAGCCAUUACUUCAGAUUGAAGAUGGGUUGUAAUUUAAUACAAAGGAAAAAUGAUGUAGCUGCAUUUCAAACAAGUUGUUUGCACAACUGCGACGUUGGAAUAUUACUUUUGUAUUUAGUAAUAAAAAAAGCUCUUUUUGACCAUC